CUCGGCCGGUUGUCCUGAAACAUCCCGCACCUCCUCCAUUGACUGCACUUGGCACCACGGUCUAGCAUCCUGUCUCGUCUUGUCUUCCCGCUGGUGAUUUCUUAGUCGCCAGUAAUCAGUUAGUUCUUGCUUCUUAGUCGGCCCGAGUCUGGCGCCCCCGUCACGCUUGUCCUGCACUGCUCUCGUGACAACCUCAUACAUAAGGUCACCCGCUCCCCUCCUCUCUCUCUUUUCAAUAUGUCCUCUGCUGCCCAAGAAGAAUUCGACGCCCUCGUCCAGGCCAAUAAAGACUCCUCGCGUGGCCACCCUGAAGACCGUCACUACGCCGACGUCGAUUCCCCCCACCCCUCCGACGACGACAACGACAACGACGAUCGCCGCGACGAGUACGAAAUCUCCGACACUGAUUCCGACUACGCCGACCACGAGAAAGCCCAAGACAAGAAAAUGGUUUCUCGCACCGGUGCGUACACCGUGCCGACCACCGUCUUCGACGCCAACACAGGCCCCAAGGGAGUCAUCGCCGAUGCGCAGUCCUUUGAGCGCGCCAAAAAGAAGUCCUUCCGUCGCACUCUACUCAGCGCCGCCGGCCUAGACUCGUACUCGAAGAAGCUCAACGAAUCGCAGUCGCGGCUGCAAAAGAGCAGUCCGCCCAGUGAGAGUGACGGGGAAGAGGAAUUUAUGCGCCGGUGGCGCGAAUCACGACUGCAGGAGUUGCAGGAGCGCAAUCAGCGCCGACAGAGCCCGAGCAAGCGGGUGUAUGGAACGGUGGUUGAUGUGGAUGCCGAGGGGUAUUUGAAUGCCAUCGAGCGCGUGUCGUCGGAGACUGUCGUUGUCGUGUGCAUCUACAACCCGGAGUCUGCGGUCAGCUCGCAGGUGGAAGAUGCGAUCGCAGCACUCGCGCGCAGACAGACCACGACCCGGUUCAUCAAGCUACACCACGAGAUCGCCGAAAUGAACAACAUCGACGCCCCAGCCUUGUUAGCGUACAAGGCAGGCGAUGUAAUUUCUACAAUCGUGGAUAUCCAGCGACAAAUCCCUGGUGGCAGUGACAUUACAUCCACCAGCAUUGAGAAUCUGCUCAAACAAAACCGUGUCCUUUAAUUCAUAGAAUGCCCGGCACAGUCUGUCGAAGUAGAGACCAUCUACUUUAAUAUUAUAUACCCUCCAGCAUUAUACCACGGUCGGAGUCUCGAAAUUUGAACAUACUACCUCUUUUCUUUAAUCACGGCGACAAAUCAUGGCCGGUCCAUACCGUUGAUCAGCUCAUUGAAUUUCUAUUUCUUUCUGUC